ACUGAUUAGAGCUUGUAUUCUAUAUGAAGUAAUUUUGAAAUUAAGUUGUUUUUAACGUCAGCAUUGUUAUUGAGGCAAAUUGCAUUCAGCGAGAACAAUCGUUGCCCAUUUUAACUUAACACACAAAUACGAUUGUAAAUUCCAGAAAUUAGUUCUGACCGUUAAAGUUGGAAUAUCGAUGCGUUAUCGAUCGAAAAGAUGUCGAGUUAGCUGUCGUCAGCUAUCGUGGAGUGAUGGAUAUUCGUGCAUGAUUUCGCGUUAUUCUCCGGAAUUCAGGCAUCGUUCAGCACGUAUUUUGUAUGACGAUUAAUUAAUAAUCCGGCACAAUAAUCAAUAAUGUGUACAUUCAGAUUUUACUUUAGAUCGAUUUUAGUCGUGUAUCAAACAUUUCCUAGAGAUUGUGUGAUGUAAAAAUGUCAGUAUCUAUUGUUUGCCUUCGUUACUCACAAAAGAAUGACGGUCGCUGAUCGAUAGCUGCUCUUUAUUAACGCACUUAGCGGCAGAAAGGUGCACAAUAUUUGUUGGGACACACACGAUCGUAUCAGGAUGUCUGCUACCAGCCGAAUAAAGCAUCGCAAAUUUUCUGAUCAGCGCAUUCAAAUGCAACAGUUGUUACCAGCCAAGUUUCCAAGACAGAGCAAGGAAUACAACAUGCCAGAUUGUCUGAAUUCCAUCAUUCCAUACACCACUCUAAGGAUGCACAAUACCACUGAAAUGUCAAACGAAGAGUGUGCCAGUGCGAUUGCCAGUCACCUGCAGGCCAGCAACCGGUUCAUGCAGGACGAUCCUGCGUCAGAGCGAUUCAGAAUGGAAACGUUCAAGGCAAUGCCGUACUGUCUCACUGUAAAAAGAUCUGUCAAGUCACAAUUGUUAGCGACUGUCACUCGAGACACAACGAAGAAGUCAAUCAGUUACUGGAAGUGGCUCAAGUAUAACAUCAGCCUGAAGUUCACGAAGAUGCGAAUGGCUCUGCGGAACUCCUUAUCAACAUGUGAACUGUGGCAGCGGACAAUACAAAGCAUCGAGAGUCACAGUGGAAGCGGUGUAGCAACAUACUUCAAGUUUCUCAGAUGGCUGCUCCUUCUCAAUAUAAUUUCUUGCAUUUUGAGUAUAUCUUUUAUUGUCAUUCCACAAUCACUGGACCAAACACACGUUCCGAAUAACAUUCAGAUAUUGGACUUUUUAACAGGCAGUGGUUUUUUCUCCCACACAAUAAUGUAUUACGGCUUUUAUUCCAACGGCACAAUAGACACUUCAUUUGGAACCAAAUACAGCAUUCCGUUCGCUUACUUUCUAACGCUGCUUCUGUGCUACGUAGUCACAUUUAUUAUACUUUCUGUCAAAGUUAUAACUUCGUAUAGAAAGUCGUACGUUGAAUUGCGCGGCAAAGCACACGAUUUGUACAGUAACAAGAUAUUUUGCGGAUGUGACUUCAGCAUAUCCUCACCGAAAACCGCAACUUUGCAAUCGGCGUCCAUUUACAAGGAGCUGGAAGAGCUGUUGGCGGAAAUGAGACAACGUACCAGUCUCAACUGGCUCGCCAGGUGUUCAUUGAUUAUCGGGCAACUUGCUGUGACGAUUAUUGUUUUACUUAUGAUUUGUUCUAUUGGUGCGCUCGUCUGGGUGCUGUUAGACCAUCACGACAUGCAAGCGUCUGGAACCAUCUCGGCGAUGAUUGUACCGAUUGUCAUUACUGUUAUCAUUCAUAUUUUUCCAGCGAUUAUUUCUUACUUAGCGUUGCUAGAACGUUACAACAAUAAACGUACGGAGCUCUACGUGACGGUCGUCAGAAAUCACGCGGUUGCCGCAACGAUCCUCGGAACGUUGUUCGCCUUCUGGAUAAUCCACAGCACGUCGCACUGCUGGCAAACGGACUUGGGAGAAGAGAUCUACCGACUGAUCGUGCUGGACUUUAUCGCUUCCGUACUCGGAGCGUGUCUGCAAUUCGCCCGCUUUAUGCUGUACAAGAGGCUCUCGACGAGGGUUGGCAGGCCGGAAUUCGAUAUCGCUCGCAGCACUCUGAAUCUCAUAUACAAUCAGACCCUCUUCUGGAUGGGCUUCUACUUCAGUCCGCUGAUGUCCCUCAUAAUCGUGGUAAAACUGACCUUCACGUUUUACGUGAAGAAGUACCAGCUAAGGAAGUGUUACCAGCAGCCGUCGCAACCGUGGCGCGCGGCACAGACGCAAACGCUGUUCCUGGCGCUCGCGUUUCUCGGCAUGAUCGGCGUGCUGUUGACGAUAGGAUACGUCCUCACGAACGUGGAGAGCAAUGACUGCGGCCCGUUCAGGGACCACGUUCACACUUGGGAUUUCAUCGUCGACGGGAUAUUAUUCUUGAAGAGAGACAGCGCGUUCUGGAACGUUGUCACGGAACUCGCGAGACCGGUAACCGGUGCCGCGAUAUUAGUCGGCAUGUGCAUCGCGGUCUAUUGUUUGCGAGCAAAGGCGGAAGCGAGCAAGGAAAUGCUGCAAAUUCUAUCCGACAUGCUCCUUAUGCAGUCGCAGGAUAAGCAAUUUCUCAUGAAGAGCCUCGCCAAACUUGCUGACGAACAUGCGGCCGCUGGUAAUACGACCAGUCUUGCCGAACAUAGUGAGCUCAUUGAUAGGAAUAGUGAAAAUGAGGUUUCACUUUCCCGUCGACGUAAUUUACCAUCGACCAGUUUUGAAGAAGAGAGAUAAUCUCGGAUAAAAAUAAAUGCGCCGACGAUUUUGUGAUAAAUGGUGCCAAACUGUUCGAAAUCGAUGUGACAUAUUAUAAAUAUUAAGAUUCGAGUAUUUUAUUAUCUCUGUGCGAUUUGCCAUAAUCUGAGCACAUAAGACUUAUCAAUACGAUAAAGUAAUUUUAAUAUAAGAAUUCAUGAAAAAAAA